AAAAGUCAGCAGGCACACACUCUGUCUCUGAUCACUGAAACGCUCGAAGAAAACACCAAGAAAACCUAGACACUUUUCUUCUUCUUCUUCUUCUACUCUCUCUCUUUUUCUAGAAGAUUUUUUGUACCGGUUUUCUUGGCAAUGUGGUUGGCCUGACACGUCAUCGGAGGAAAUGGCCAAGUGUCAGCGAAACGACGUCGCGUCACUGAUCCUCGACCGCCCUACUGCCGCCGCCGCCGGGGGCCACUCCCGUCUAUGGACUGUAUUCUCCGGUUCUGCAUUCCGCCGCGCAAUCUUCGACGCCGUCAGCUGCGGAGGCGGAUCCCGCCACCGUAACCGUCACCGCGAAGAGGACGACGUUUUCGCCGCAAGCGUCAGAUCAACAGCCAAAGCGCCCGAGAAGCGGAAGGCGGUGAGGUCCGAGAAGCUCUCGGAUCUUCUGAGCAUGGCGGACUCGCCGGAGGCCGAGAGCGAUGCGGAGACGAAGAGGAAGGAGGAGGCGCUGGAGGAGCUGAAGCGCGUGGCGAGGGGGCUCCAGGCCGAGGACUUGUCGACGAGAAAGGAAGCCGCGCGGAGCGUGAGGCUACGCGCGAAGGAGGACUCGGAGGCCAGAGUGACGCUCGCUAUGCUCGGAGCGAUCCCUCCUCUAGUCGGAAUGCUCGACUCGGAGGACGCCGAUUCUCAGAUCGCAUCGCUCUACGCGCUGCUCAAUCUCGGGAUCGGCAACGACGUGAACAAAGCGGCCAUUGUGAAAGCUGGUGGUGUUCACAAGAUGCUAAAGCUGAUUGAAUCUCCGGGUGAUCCAAACCCUUCAGUCUUGGAAGCUAUAGUGGCCAAUUUCCUUGGCCUGAGCGCAUUGGAUUCGAAUAAACCGGUGAUCGGAUCAUCGGGUGCAAUCCCGUUCUUGGCAAAAACCCUUCAGAGUAGUAGCCCCCAGGCCAAGCAAGAUGCCCUCCGUGCGCUCUACAAUCUUUCCAUCUUCGCUUCCAACGUUUCAGUCAUUUUGGAGACCGAUUUGAUCCCAUUUCUAUUGAAAGCACUGGGUGAUAUGGAAGUGAGUGAGAGGAUUUUAGCAGUCCUCAGCAAUGUGGUAUCGACCCCGGAAGGUCGAAAGGCGAUCAGCGUUGCACCGGAUGCCUUCCCGAUAUUGGUCGACGCGUUGAAUUGGAAUGAUUCGCCGGGUUGCCAAGAGAAGGCGUCGUACGUUUUGAUGGUAAUGGCACACAAAGCAUAUGGUGAUAGGCAGGCAAUGGUGGAGGCUGGAAUCGUGUCGUCCUUGCUAGAAUUAACUCUUUUGGGCAGCACAUUGGCCCAGAAGAGGGCUUCAAGGAUCUUGGAGUGUUUGAGAGUGGAUAAAGGGAAGCAAGUUUCGGAGAAUUACGGCGGGAAUUCGGGUGGUGCGGCGGUAUCAGCUCCAAUUUGUGGCGGGUGUGCAUCAUCGUCUUCUGCAAACCCAAAUGCCGGGGAGGCGGAAGAUAUGAUGAUGAUGAGUGAGGAGAAAAUAGCAGUGAAGCAAUUGGUCCAACAGAGUCUGCAGAACAACAUGAAGAGAAUUGUGAAGAGGGCAAAUUUGCCACAGGACUUUGUUCCUUCAGACCAUUUCAAGUCCCUCACAUCUGGCUCCACUUCAAAGAGCUUGCCAUUUUGAGGAGGCAUUUGGAGCUAUCCAAGAAGGUUUAUUAUUAGGUUGAAGACAAGAAUCUUAAGGUUUAUUAGGCUUCUGGUCCCUUGUAGUUUUUUUUUUUUUUGUGAAUUAAAUAUUUAGCCUAAAAUUUAUAUAUAUAAUCAUUUUGUACAAGUGUUA